AUGGCAGAGUAUCUAGCCUCAAUUUUUGGCACUGAAAAGGAUAAAGUCAACUGUUCAUUUUACUUCAAGAUUGGGGCAUGCAGACAUGGUGACCGCUGCUCCCGCUUACAUAAUCGACCAACAUUUAGUCAGACAAUCCUACUUCAGAACCUGUAUUUAAACCCACAGAAUGCAGCACUAACAGCUGACGGAUCACACAUAGUUGUUGAUGAUGUAGAAGCCCAGCAGGAGUAUGAUGCAUUCUUUGAAGAGGUGUUCACUGAACUGGAAGACAAGUAUGGGGAAAUUGAGGAGAUGAAUGUCUGCGACAAUCUUGGCGAUCAUCUUGUUGGAAAUGUCUAUGUCAGAUUUCGUAGAGAAGAAGAUGCAGAGAGGGCAGUUGCAGACUUGAACAAUCGCUGGUUCAAUGGUCGUCCAAUCAACUGUGAGCUGUCUCCAGUAACUGACUUCAGAGAGGCCUGCUGUCGACAGUAUGAAAUGGGAGAGUGUACGCGGGGUGGCUUCUGCAACUUUAUGCAUCUGAAGCCCAUCUCCAGAGAACUAAGGAGGGAAUUGUACGGGCGUGGCCGCAAGAAAAGCAGAAGGUCUAGGUCCCGUUCUCCACCAACAAGCAGCAGUGGCAGACGGAGGUCUCGAAGCAGGGAGCGCCGUGACAGGAGACGAUCUCGAUCACGGGAUCGACAUGGCCGCUACUGA